AUGAAAACACCUCUCUACUGUCACUGUGUCUGUACUCUGUGAUCGAUUGUCCGGUCGUACGACUUUUGAUUUUUGAUUUGAUGUAAAGGAUUUUUGUAGUUUAAUAAUUUAUUGGAGAUUAUAUUUGGAUAUGAUUUAUUAGCACUAAAAUUAUAUUUUAUCCAUAAUGAUUCAUCAAAUGAAUAUCCGUGGAAAGUUUGGGUUUAAGUUGAGAAGAUUUCCCGGUGCAGCCCUUUUAGCUGUGAUAAAAUGUAGACAUGGUCAGCUGCACUUUUCACACUGGUCGCGCAAUGGUGGUUCGGCGCAGAGAUAUCGGAGACUGCUGGUGGUUCGACCUCUGCCUCAUCAGGCCAUUGAAUCAAGGGGAGCUGCCAUGUUCGUCGGCAAAAUUCUCAAAAAUAUUUUGAAGAUUCGAUAUCUUUUAUUGGGUGGAGCUGUAGGAGGUGGAUACACGUUUCACCAGAAAGUUCAGGAAUGGAUGGAUGCAAUUCCUGACACGAAGUGGAUUAAGGACUAUAUACCUGAUAAUGAACGUUUCGAUUCCUUUAGAGCGAAAAUGAUCACUUUCAAAGAUAAGCUUGGUGACUUUGAAAUAGAUCCUCGUUUGAAGCAGUUUAGCGAAAGUAGACUUGAUAAGGUGAAGGAUUGGUUUGACAGGAAGCUGGAUGAAGCGGUUGUAGCUGCUAAUGAGCAAGAGCAAAAGGCAAUCCAGAUUGAUACGAAGUUGGGAACACUAUCAGCUGCAUCAAUUCCUUCCGAAAUGUCUGGCGGCGGGAGAUACAGCAAGGAGCAAUAUAGACAAGCUGAAGACAAAAUAAACGAAUUGAAAAAGCAGCUCACUGACAUGCAACUCAAGUAUGAGUUUGAACUGAUGAAACUGGAGAAAGAAAAUAAACAGCUUCGACAAAAUUUACUAUUGAAAAGAGCUCUGGGAGACACACCCAAGAAGGAAGCUCAAAGAUCACUGAUUGACAUGUAUUCGGAAGUGUUGGAUGAACUGAGUGGUUAUGAUGCGAAUUAUCAAGCUCAGGAUCACCUCCCUAGAGUGGUUGUAGUUGGAGACCAAAGUGCUGGCAAAACGUCCGUCUUGGAAAUGAUUGCAAUGGCCAGGAUAUUUCCGAGAGGUGCUGGUGAAAUGAUGACAAGGGCGCCGGUCAAAGUAACUCUGAGUGAGGGCCCUUACCAUAUUGCACAAUUCAGGGAUAGUGAUCGCGAAUAUGAUCUCACCAAAGAAAGCGAUUUGCAAGAACUGCGAAAUCAGGUAGAGCAACGGAUGAUGAGAAGCGUUAUAAGAACUGGAAAAACUGUUUCAAAUGAUGUUAUAUCCAUGACCGUUAAAGGACCAGGUCUGCAAAGAAUGGUUCUAGUUGACCUUCCUGGAAUAAUUAGUACUGUAACUAGAGAUAUGGCUAGCGACACUGGUGAUGCCAUCAAGAAGAUGACCCAGCUGUACAUGGCGAAUCCCAAUGCCAUCAUCCUGUGCAUUCAAGACGGCUCAGUAGACGCCGAAAGGUCCAAUGUGACCGAUCUAGUGUCCCAGGUGGAUCCUCAAGGCAAGCGCACAAUAUUUGUUCUCACAAAAGUUGAUCUCGCCGAAGAAAAUCUCGCCAAACCUGAAAGAGUGAAGAAAAUUCUAGCUGGUGAGUUGUUCCCCAUGAAAGCUCUUGGUUAUUUUGCUGUUGUUACCGGAAGGGGGCGCAAGGAUGAUUCCAUCCAAUCUAUACAAGAAUAUGAGGAAGACUUUUUCAGAAAGUCCAAAUUAUUCCAGAAUUUAUCGAUCACCUCUCAAGUGACGACCCGUAAUUUGAGUAGAGCUGUAGCGGACCGGUUCUGGAAAAUGGUGAAAGAAACAGUUGAACAACAAGCUGACUCGUUCAAAGCCACCCGAUUCAAUCUUGAAACUGAAUGGAAGAACAACUUUCCCAGGUUACGAGAGUUGGAUAGAGAUGAGCUUUUCGAAAAAGCAAGAAGCGAAAUAUUAGAUGAGAUUGUCAACUUGAGUGAAGUGUCCGUUAAGCAGUGGGAAGAACUCCUCAUCAAUAAGAUAUGGGAAAAAGUGUCAUCAUAUGUCUUCGAACAUAUCUACCUCAGCUCUGCCCAAGCAAAUGAUAUGAAAAUGUUCAAUACAAAAGUGGAUAUUAAAUUGCGGCAGUGGGCAAAUGAGAAACUGCCCAAGGACUCUGUGGAUGCCGGCUGGCAAGUUCUCAAGGAGGAAUUCACCAAAUUCACUCAGCGCGGCAUGAAUGACAAGAACCAUGACAACAUUUUCGAUGAAUUGAAAAAGUCUGUUCUUGAAGAUGCCGUCAAAAAACAUGUUUGGGAGGAUAAGGCGAAUAAUGUACUUAGGGUGAUGCAGUUGAAUAUAUUGGAAGACCGUUGUAUCCGAGAUAAACACCAAUGGAAAAAUGCAGUUACGUUCUUAGAAAAUAGCGUUAAAGAUGAAUUGAAGGCUGUGAAUGAGAGAUUACAUGAAAUGGUUGGACCUGGAACGAGGGAAAAGUGGCUGUAUUGGAAGUAUUCAACUGAGGAUCAAAACAAAAAAUCGGCUGUGAAAAGUGAACUAGAAAAAAUUCUCUAUUCGAAUAGGAAUCAUAAUAAAUAUCUGAGUGAUGAUGAGCUGACGACAAUAAGGAAUAAUUUGCAAUUGAAUGAUACAAACGUUGACAACCAGCUCAUCCUAACCGUAUGGGAGCAGGUUUAUCGGCGAAAUUUCCUCAAUUUGAGUCUGGCAAGAGCCUACGACUGUCGGAAGAGUUUCUAUUUGUAUCACGAAGGAUUAGAAUCAGAGGUAGAAUGUAGCGAUGUGGUUCUUUUCUGGAGGAUAGAACAAAUGCUGAAAAUUACAGCAAACGCUCUAAGACAACAAGUCAUGAACAGAGAAGCCCAAAGGUUAGACAAAGAAAUAAAAGAAGUUCUAGAAGAAUACAGCAGAGAUCCAGAGAAGAAACGAGCUUUACUUCAAGGAAGACGCGUGGAAUUGGCCGAGGAAUUGAAACAUGUGAAGAGGAUACAAGAAAAACUAGAAGAAUUCAUUCAAGCUCUGAAUAAAGAAAAGAAAGAAUACUGAGUGUUCACGUUGGGAAUAACCUCUUCACUUGAAAGCGAUCUGAGCCCCAGUAGAAGCUGGUACUUUCCACUAGCCUAGGAGCAAAGACAAGGUGCUUGAUAAGAUGACAACGAUCUGAAUGAUCUCAUCUUAGUGAGCAUAAACUCUCCUUAUCUUCACCAUAAAUAAUUAAGUUAUUGUUGAUUUUGCUGUGAAGACGAGGAAUGAGUUUGUGAUUUAAAGAGCUAAUUCAAGACACUGUAUUGUUAAGUAAUGCAACCCAAACUAUAGAAAUGCAAUAUUUGCAAUUUUAGGGUUUCUUAGAUCUGGAAGUGCAUUGUCGUAAAUGUAUUUUUCUCAACGAAAAAUUUGGACCUCCUUCAAGAUGUACAUAGUCUGAUUUCAUCUAUUCAACGUCUUAUUUCUUAAAAAAGUCAAUGAUUUGUAUUACUCGCUGAUUAAUGAACCAUGUGGAUUUCUCAUGACUAGUCAUUGAUAUUUUUAAAAAACCUAGCAAGAUUGUAUAAAAAUAAUCAUGCAACAGUUACUUGUUAUCGCUAAUAGCCUACUGUUAUUGCAAAUGAACUUGUAUUUUAAAUUAUGAGCAGUAAACAAUAUACUCACUAUGAUCGCUUCAAUAUUUUUUGCAUUUUCAAGAUACUAAUGAUUUCUUAGUUCUUCUUGAGCAGCAUAAUUCAUUACGAGCUAAUUAGAAUAUUUUGCAAAGAAAACUUUAUUUUAAUCCCUCGAAUUGUUCAUUAUGUACAGACCGUGAUUGAAAAGUAUGAGUAGAUUAAAUAAUUUUAGUAGUUAUUUUGCUAGCUGGCUAAAGGAUAAAUCAGAACUCGGACUGCUAUUGUUUACCCGUAUAAAAUGUAUCCAUGAACGUCACGAACAUUUUUAAUCCGAAUUCCAAAACCUGUUAAGUUUUUUAUUAGUUUCUACAAUCCUGAAUUUAUAUAAUUCUGUUAUCGUUAUGCUUCUACUGUUUACGUUGUAAUUUAAAUGCCUUGAUAAUGAUAGCUGUGUAAUGGCGAAUUCACCUUGCAGGGACUCAAAUUUGAAUUAUUUUGGAUGUAUUUAAUUUAUCGUUUCUGAAAAUAUUUUCAAUUUUUUGAGUAAGAAUUCAGUAAAAACAGGUUAUAUAGAAGUAACAGAACUAUUGACCCCUUAUUGUAUUUUCUUCACAAGAAGGAAUUCGAAAUGAAUUUCAGUACUGUAUCUGAAUUUUUCCAGUCUCAAUGUAAAAGCUAUUUAUCAUUAUUCCUAUUGUUGUUUUUGGAAAAACUGAAAUAUUCUUUGCCAAAUUGUGUCAUUGUAUCAAAUUUAUCAUAGCUUUAAUUUAUUUUUCAGCGAAGAAAUUCAUCAGCCGUUCUUAUCUAAAUUGAAUUUGUUUAUUGCUAUCAAAAUAAAUUGAGAUAGUGACGUUA